GGGAAAAUUAAGAGAAAAUAAUCUGUCUCAAAACUAUAUAUUGAAAUUAUAUAUAUAAUUAUGGGGAGAUCACCAUGUUGUGAUGGGAUUAAUAUUGGGUUGAAAAAAGGGCCAUGGACUCCUGAGGAAGACAAGAAAUUAAUUGAUUAUAUUGAAAAGAAUGGUCACCAUGGAAGCUGGAAAUCUUUGCCAAAACUUGCUGGGUUGAUUAGAUGUGGUAAGAGUUGUAGAUUAAGGUGGAAUAAUUACCUUAGACCUGAUAUUAAGAGAGGCAAAUUUUCUGAAGAUGAAGAGAGAAUCAUCAUCAACCUUCAUUCUGCUCUUGGAAACAAAUGGUCAAGGAUUGCAUCACAUCUUCCAGGAAGAACUGAUAAUGAAAUCAAGAAUUUUUGGAACACUUAUCUAAGGAAGAAGCUUCUUCAAAUGGGUAUUGAUCCACAAACUCAUAAACCAAGAACUGACCUAAAUCACUUUCUCAAUCUUUCUCAUCAAAUGCUUGCCCAAUCAAACUUAAUCACCAACCUCAUCUUCAAUAAUAAUAAUAAUAAUAAUAAUAAUCCAAUAAAUUCCCUCAAAUUCUUACAGCCAGAUCAUCAAUACAUGGCCAAAGUCCAAUUGUUGCAAAACCUCAUGCAAUUUAUAAACCCUAGUUCUACUACUAUUCCUCAAAAUUACAAUAGUAAUGUCAUUCUCAAUAAUACUCAUUCUCAAGCACCGAAAGAUUGUUACCAUCUCGAAAGCAGUACUACUACUCAUGUACUCCCUACUCCUGUAAAUCCCAACUCUUUGGAAUGUACAGAAGUAGGGACCAACAUUGGCUAUGACCGCAAUGAUCAGGCUCAUGAUCGUGAGAAGAAUAACUCAUCAUCAUCAGAUCAACCUGAUAAUGAUGAGAUUUUUGAUCAACUUCCUGGACUGGUUUCGGAACUACCAUUAUUAAAUAAUAGUAGUACUAGUACUAAUAGUACUAGUAACUAUGAUCACGUGGAGAAUAAUAGCGAUAAAUACUAUUCAGUUAAGACGACGUCAUUUGGUGGCCAUUCAUCGUCAUCUCCCAAUUCUACUGUUUCUGAAGCUUGGGAAAAACUCAUGGAUAACGACCAAACUAAUGAAUCUUAUUGGAAAGAUAUUUUAGAAUUGAUGUCAUAAUUAAUAAGAUUGGCCAACUUAUUAUAUCUACUGCAGAACCCAUCAAGUUGAAGUUUUUAUGCAGAUUAAUUAGAUUAUUAGGGCUGGAUUAAAGAUAAUAAGUUCUUUUAUUAAUUACUUAUUCUUUCAUAAAAUUUGAUGUUAUUUCUUUAUUUUCAAUUUUAUUAUUAUUGUGGAGCUAGCUAGGGCUUAUUUUAUUAAUAGGCCGUAUACGUACAAUUGUUGAAUUUUUAUAUAUGUAAAAAAAAAACAAUAUAUAUACAUAUAUACUUGUUUAUUUGUUAUGUGAA